AUGACCAAUUACGAAUCGAGAAGGGGGCUUAUCGAUCCGACAAUUGUCUGGGACAGACUUCGUGAGGGGUUGGAUGUCGCCUAUCGGAGAGAAUUCAUGUCACCGCAAAAUUAUAUGUCUCUUUACACGUAUGUGAAAAGCAGAAAAAAUCGAUAAAUGUUCCAUAAAAAGCUCGUUUUCAGAAGUGUCUACGAUUAUUGCACGUCUGUAACUUUGCAAUCAAACAACCGGAGAGACGAUGGCGGUGUCCUCAAUGCAGAUGCUAUGAAUCCGAUGGGACGGAACGGCGGCGCCGAUUUCGUCGGGCACGAGAUGUACCGGAGAGUUGAAAAAUACGUUACCGCUUAUGUGAUGGAAGUGCUCAAGAAGGGCGAGGAACUCUCCGGAGAGGAUCUACUCAAAUACUACACAACCGAAUGGGAGAACUUCCGAGUCUCAGCCAAAGUGAUGGAUGGAAUCUUUGCGUAUUUGAACCGCCACUGGAUCCGCCGUGAACUGGACGAAGGACACGAGAACAUUUACAUGGUUUACACUCUGGCACUCGUGAUCUGGAAAAGAAUGCUGUUCAACACCAUCAAGGACAAGGUCAUCGAUGCCGUGCUCGAGCUGAUUCGCUCUGAAAGAACUGGUAUUAUUAUCAACAAGGGAUACAUUUCUGGAGUCGUCGAAUGUCUCGUUGAGCUCGGUAUCGAUGAAGCCGAAGGCGAUUCAAAGAAAGAUGGCGAAAUGAAAAAAUUGGCUGUCUACAAACGAUUCUUCGAAUCUAAAUUUUUGGAAGCCACGCGCGAGUUCUACCAACAAGAAGCCAAAGAUUUCCUAAACAGCGGCGGCAAUGUCACGGAUUACAUGGUUAAAGUGGAAAAGAGAUUGGACGAGGAGGACGCGAGAUGCCAGCUCUACCUGAACUCUGCCACCAAACAUCCGCUCGCCAGCACCUGUGAAACUGUGCUCAUCGCCAAUCAGCUCGAGUUCUUCCAGAGUCAGUUCGGAGAACUUCUUGUUUCGCAGCGCGACGAGGAUUUGUCACGAAUGUUCAAGCUAUGCGACCGUGUUGCCAAUGGACUCGACCAGUUGAGAGUGUCACUCGAGAGACACAUCGCAAAAGAAGGACACGAUGCCAUCGAAAGAGUCGUCGCAGAGGCGAGCACCGAUGCAAGGCUCUACGUCAAGACUCUUCUGGAAGUGCACGAGAGAUAUAAUGAGCUGGUUGCGCACUCCUUCAAGGGAGAACCAGGAUUCACUCAGUCACUCGACAAGGCCGCCACGUCAUUCAUCAACAGCAACGCGGUGACGAGACGUGCUCCCGCCAACAGUCAGCUCACGAAGUCUGCUGAACUUCUUGCCAGAUACUGUGACCAACUACUGAGAAAGAGCUCGAAAAUGCCAGACGAAAGGGAACUGGAGGAUCUUCUCAACAAAAUUGUAAGUUGAUGUCUGUCAUAAUUAUUUUCAAUAUUGAUCUUCCAGAUGAUUGUGUUCAAGUACAUUGAUGACAAAGACGUAUUCUCCAAGUUUUACACCAAAAUGUUCAGCAAAAGACUCAUCAAUGAUUUGUCCGCAAGUGAUGAGGCCGAAGCGAACUUCAUUUCGAAACUGAAGAGCAUGUGCGGAUACGAAUACACCGCCCGACUAUCAAAAAUGGUGAACGAUACACAAGUCAGCAAGGAUCUGACCGCCGAUUUCAAAGAUAAGAAGUCUCAUUCACUUGGAGAUAAGCUAAUCGAGUUCAACGUGCUCGUGCUCAGUUCCGGCUCUUGGCCGACCUUCCCGCAAAGCACCCUGACUCUCCCAGCACAACUCUCAAACACCAUCGAGUUGUUCGGAGUGUUCUACAAUGAGAAAUUCAGUGGGCGUCGUCUCACUUGGGUCUACUCGCAAUGUCGCGGCGAGAUAACUUCAUCUGCUUUUUCGAAAAAAUAUGUGUUUACCGUAAGUUGUACUGAAUGUGUGCUUCAUUUCGAUGUGUCUUUUUUCAGGUGACCACCGCUCAGAUGUGCACUAUGCUGUUGUUCAACGAGCAGGACACGUACACCGUCGAACAAAUCUCCAACGCGACCGGAAUGGACGCAAAAACUACCCCUAUGAUUGUCGGAUCGCUCAUAAAAAAUCUCGUUCUGAAGGCCGACACGGAACUUCAAGGAGAAGAGAUUCCAAUGAGCGCGACCGUCAGUCUCAACUUGGCGUACACCAACAAGAAAGUCCGAGUCGAUUUGUCCAAAUUGAGUAUCAAACAAGAGCAAAUUCGUGAUACGGAGCAUGUUCAGAAGAACGUCGAAGAGGACAGAAAGAGCGUUAUCAGCGUAAGUGACUACCCAAUCCUCAUGUUUCGUAUCCUCGUGUUUAUAGGCGUGCAUCGUCAGAAUCAUGAAGACCAGAAAGCGCAUCUCGCAUCAGCAACUUAUGACUGAGGUAAGGCUCAUUGAAUACUUCAGACUAAUAAGAAAUGUGUGACUUGCAGGUGAUUGCUCAAUUAUCCGGACGCUUCAAGCCGAAGGUUGAAAUGAUUAAACGAUGCAUCGGCUCGCUCAUCGAGAAAGAAUACAUGCUCCGGGUAGAAGGACACAAAGAUCUCUACGAGUACAUUGCCUAACUCGUUUCUCUCGAUUAUUAUUGUUUCCCUUUCCUUUUUCUUUUCCUCUUUCCUCCUUUAAAUGAUGGUUUCCUCCGACACCUGUCAUAUCUCCUGCGGAAAUUCGCGCGCAGCCCUGUCUCCCCAACUUGUUCUAUUCAUAUUUUUUUAUUCGCCAAGAGCAUUAGUUAUCGGAGAUGCAUAUUUUCAGCCAGGCUUCUUCAUCUUUCUCUCAUCACAUUGACCUUCUUAACAUGCAUUCUGCUAUAAUCAACUUCUCCCGAUUCCGCCGAUCGAUGUAUUUUUUAUCCUCAAUUCUUCUGAUCUUCUAUUUUUAUUUAAAUUAAAGGCGGGUUCGCUCUCCUGGCUUUUUCGGUAGUAAAUGUUGGAAUUUUAUAAUUGACUUUUUUUUCCAACUUGGCACUGUAUACUCGGUCCGCAAUUUUUGGAAGAAAUCGAAAGUUCAAGUUCUCAUACAUAGGGAACAAUUCAGCCGUCCAAAAGGAGAAAGUUGUGUAGUUGUGUGGAGGAGACGACCGAAUCGAUGACGAAUUAUUACAACACUUGGCUGCUCUCCUUCCUCUUCUUCGUUUCUCGCUUCCAAGUGACCCUUCGGCCGCCCUCUGUUCGCCAGAUGCCCUUCUCUCCGCCCUCCGCUUUCCGCACACACUCUCCGUCUGAAUGAGAGCAAGUACGAUUGCUUCUUUUGUUUGGAAUGACGUGUCACCCAUAGAUCGUCUUCUUUCUUGCAGAGCUCUUCCUCCGGCGCCCUCAUGAUUCUCCGCUUCCUCUCGCUUCUUCCAUUAUUCUCCAUUCCGGCGCUCUCUCUUUUUCCUGGAGCCGAGCCGGACGAAGGCGACGUCAGACAUCUAUAUCCGCCCGUUUACAUUGGAAUCGGGCUCUCGGAGCACGCCCACGCAAUCCCGUACUUGCUCGGAUGGCUGGAGAAUUUGGAGUAUCCCAAGGACAGAAUCCGACUCGAAUUGUUCGUUUUAAGCAAGGAAGAUGCCACGAUUCAUCAAGUAAAAUGGUGAGAAAUAUUUGGACAUCAGAUGAAAUUUCGGCGGUUUUAGGUGGGUGGAUUCGACUAAACAAUUCUUCAAACAUGUCAAAAUCAUGGAAGAAACCGAUAAUUGGCUAGAAAACGCAUUACGGAAUGCACGACUUCAGAAGGCUGUUCGGUGCCUUCUGAUGACCGGGGAUACUGUGCCAACGAAGGCGAAUCUGAUACAGGUAAGAAUUGAAAGGAAAGGGAAGGGAGAUGAACGAGUGAUUAAAGAUGCUGUUCACUGAGAAGAAGCACGUGGCAGUCAGUCCUCUUUUCCACUCGAUUGACGGAUCAACGAACAUCGAAGAGCCGUCAGAAGCACUGCUCGAAAGGAAGAAUGUCAGAGAAGAAGUAGGGCAGUUAAUUGACGGCCUCUCCAUUCGUCUCACUUCAAUUUCAGAUUCUCUCAUUCGCCCUUCCCCUCGCCAUCGAACUCUCUGUGAUGGACUCUUCCUAUUUGACGUUCGACCGACAGAACCUUCCGUUUUACGAAGGCGCUGAUGAUCCGUCGGAAGUCUUCGUGACUUCUGCACAGAAUAUGGGAAUCCCGUUGUGGGCGGACAAUCAGGCCGACUACGGCAUCUUUGUGAAUCCGUCACUCGACAUCGACGAAAGAAGGAACACAAUCAGAUAUCACAUUGCCGACUUCAUCGCCGACGAACUGACACCGCCGUUCGUGUCGAAAAGCGUCCGUCCGUACCAGCCGGAUCCGACGAAACUAGGAGUUGACAAGUGAGAAAACGAUUCGUUCGUUCAUCGGAAUCAUCGUUCCAUUUCAGAAUAUACCUAAUAAACCUGAAUCGACGGACAGAAAGACUCGAUCGAAUGCACAAGAUAUUCGACUUGCUGGGAGUGGAAUACACGGUUAUGGAAGCGACGGACGGGCAGAAACUGGAAGAGUUGCCGGCCGAACUCAGGGAAUACCAGAUUCUCGAGGGAUACCUAGACCCAAUCACGAAGCGUCCGAUGAAAAAGGGAGAGAUCGGAUGCUUCUUGAGCCAUUACAGGUGAGAAAAACUCAGUAUUUUAGUGCGAAUCAACGCUUUUCUCAGAAUUUGGCAAGAUGUAGUCAAGAAUAAGCUGCAAAAAGUGAUCGUUUUCGAAGAUGAUCUUCGAUUUGCGUACGAUGGAUUGACGAGAGUCCGCGAAGUUUUGCAAGAUUUAGAAGCAUCCCGGAAGCCGUGGGAUCUCAUUUAUUUGGGAAGAAAGAAGCAGUCGGAUCAGCAGGAGCUGUGGGUUGCCCAGCACAGACAUCUUUCGACCGUGGAGUACUCGUACUGGACACUCGGUUACAUGCUCUCUUUGAGUGGAGCACAGAAGUUAUUAGCUCCGGGACCACUCAAAAAGAUGGUUCCAGUGGAUGAGUACCUGCCGAUUAUGUUCAACAAACAUCCGAAUAAAGUUAGUUUCUCUUGUAUCUCUUGCAAAACAUUCUCACUUUCCAGGAGUGGUCUUCUCAAUUCGAACCGCUCAACGUGGACGCGUUCACCCUCUAUCCUUUGGUCGUGUUCCCUCAAAGAUACGCAAACGAACAGGGAUACGUCUCCGACACUGAGGACUCUUUGAUCGUACCCCCAAAAGCCGCGACCGAUGAGUUGUGA